AUGGGAUUUGAGCUACACUAUGCCAACGAAAACUAUUCGGACGGCUAUGUUUCAAAAAUUACAUCGUUCAGGGAUUUUCUAGAGGAAUCAAUUGCAACUCAGCAGUCAACAGUACAAUCGAAGAACGUAGACGCAAAUCGACAAGGAAGUGGAAAUAAUUGUACAGUCUCGAAAUCAUUUGAGAGGGCCAAACUUUUGUCGUUCAAAAGCUGUGGUGAAGAAAUCGACAAUACACCGCCAAUGGGAUUAAAUUCGCAUAACUACUCUUACAUGCUGGACUUUUUGUGCGAAGACUCUCAAUAUAAAUCGGUUUACAUGCGUUCAUUGAAGGUUUGUUGGCGGAAAAGGGGAGCAUGGAUCACUACGAAAACAUCGAUCAUCACGGAAAUU